UAAGCCUCAAAUCCCGGUCCUGAUUGCGUUCGGACCGGGCCCUCCCCGCGGCGCGGUGCGAGCCCCGCGUUGGCCCGGCCCCGCCGCGCGCCGCGCGCCCGCCCGGCCGUUGCUAGGCGCCGUUGGCCACCUGGGCGCGGGAUGCGGGCGGGCGCCAGGUGAGGACGGGGCUGCCCCGGGCCCAGGUAAACAUGGAGAAAGAGCUUCGGAGCACCAUUCUUUUCAACGCCUACAAAAAGGAAGUGUUUACCACCAACAAUGGCUAUAAGUCCUUGCAGAAAAGACUUCGGAGUAACUGGAAAAUCCAGAGCUUAAAAGAUGAAAUCACAUCCGAGAAGCUAAUUGGGGUGAAACUAUGGAUCACGGCUGGGCCAAGGGAAAAAUUCACUGCAGCCGAGUUUGAGGUCCUGAAGAAAUACCUCGAAGACGGCGGCGAUAUCCUCGUGAUGCUGGGGGAGGGCGGCGAAUCCCGGUUCGACACCAACAUCAACUUCCUGCUAGAAGAGUACGGCAUCAUGGUUAAUAAUGAUGCUGUGGUUAGAAACGUGUAUUACAAGUACUUCCACCCGAAAGAAGCUCUGGUGUCCAACGGCGUCCUGAAUAGAGAAAUCAGCCGAGCUGCAGGGAAGGCUGUGCCCGGCAUCAUUGACGAGGAGAACAGUGGGAACAACGCCCAGGCUCUGACCUUCGUGUACCCCUUUGGAGCCACUCUGAGCGUCAUGAAACCCGCAGUGGCUGUUUUGUCCACAGGCUCUGUCUGUUUCCCUCUCAAUAGGCCCAUUCUGGCUUUUUAUCACUCGAAGAACCACGGAGGGAAGCUGGCGGUGCUCGGCUCCUGCCACAUGUUCAGCGACCAGUAUCUGGAUAAGGAAGAAAAUAGCAAGAUCAUGGAUGUUGUUUUCCAGUGGCUCACUACGGGGGAUAUCCACCUAAACCAGAUCGAUGCCGAGGACCCAGAGAUCUCCGACUACAUGAUGCUGCCCGACACGGCCACGCUGUCCGAGCGCCUGCGGGUGUGUCUCCAGGAGGGCGACGAGAACCCGCGAGACUUCACCACCCUCUUCGACCUGUCCAUCUACCAGCUGGACACCACCUCCCUCCCCAAGGUCAUCAAGGCUCACGAGCAGCUGAACGUGAAGCAUGAACCUCUCCAGCUCAUCCAGCCUCAGUUUGAGACGCCGCUGCCGGCCCUCCAGCCAGCGGUUUUCCCUCCCAGCUUCAGGGAACUGCCGCCGCCGCCUCUGGAACUGUUUGACUUAGAUGAGACUUUCUCCUCUGAGAAGGCCCGACUAGCGCAGAUCACCAAUAAGUGUACUGAAGACGACCUGGAAUUCUAUGUCAGGAAGUGUGGCGGCAUCCUGGGAGUGACCAGUAAACUACCAAAGGACCAGCAGGACGCCAAGCAUAUCCUGGAGCACAUCUUCUUCCAGGUGGUGGAGUUCAAGAAACUGAAUCAGGAGCACGACAUCGACACGAGUGAGGUGGCAUUCCAGAGUCAUUUCUGAGGCCGCGUGUCCCGGAAGCGUUGCUGCCUCUGAGACUUCGGGCGCUGCUUUUCGACCCUCCGACUCCCGGGUACAGGCUCCAGGCUCUCCUGUGUGAGUUGUGCAAGGUCCGUUCACUCUUCCUGUGCCACCCCGAUCACUCUCACACUCCAGCCCGUACGAUCCUGUGGAAGGUCCAUUCCAUUUUUCUAAGAUCUGAGCAAAUCUGUACUUUUAUAAUAAUAUAAAACUGUCUUUCAUCGAAGUCUUUUCUUUCAACUCCA